AUGGUAAGUUAUUUAGUAGUUUAUUUUCUUUGUUAAAAUUGCUUUUUAUAGUUAUUGUCGGGUGCAGAGCAGUUUUAUGGAUAAUGUGUUUGAUAAAAGCUUUUUUUGAAUUUGAAAACAUUUAGAAAAUGUUGUAAUUCAUGAAUAUUUUCAGGCUGCCAUUGCUUCGAUUGUAGAAACCAAUCACCGAGAUGUAGUUGUAAGUUGUUUUUUAUUUGUUUUUUGGGUUUUAGGUAACAAAAAUGAUGUUACUCUUAAUGUCUAUAUUUAAUGUGUUUAGCACGACGCAGAGAUGAAUUUUUGUGGAAGUAGGCUGGCGACAUGUGCGAGCGAUCACAUAAUCAAAGUUUUCGAAGUAAAACCGACCGGGCAGACACAUACGAUGGCCGAAUUGAGUGGACAUGAAGGUCCAGUAUGGCAAGUCAGUUGGUCGUACCCAUUUUCGGACAAAGGAGAAUAUCUGGCUUCUUGCUCGCAUGACAGGUAGGACUUAUAGGCUUGUUAUACCUUAUUCUUUACUUAAUUUGAAGUUCCAACAACAUUUUAUUUUAGGAAAGUGUUCAUCUGGAAAGAAGUAGCUAAUAAAUGGACUCGAAUCUACGAAUAUACUCAACACGAAGCCAGUAUCAAUUCCGUAGCAUGGGCUCCACAUAAUUACGGUCUAAUCUUUGCUUGUGGUUCUACAGAUUGUACGAUUUCGAUUGUCACGAAUUACGACGACAUUUGGAAGCCUGCUAAAAUCUUCAAUGCUCAUGAACAAGGUGUAAAUGCGGUUUCAUGGGCUCCAGCCAAAGGAAGUCGAACUGUUAUCAAUGUUAAUGAGAUUAUCAUGCCGAAAAGAGUUGUGUCUGGAGGGAACGACAAAAUGGUCAAGGUUUGGAGGUGAGUUUUGGGGUUUUUAGUUCAAAAAUUUGGGAUUUUAUGUUGUAGUAGAGGUAAGUCAACUAAAAGCAUUAGAUCUGAAGUAAAAGCAUUGUUUUAUUGAAGGUAGUAAUAUUUUGAAUAGAAUGACUAGUUUGUAAAUUAUUUUCAUGUGUGUCAAGUGGCAUUUUAGUUAGAGUUUUCUGUUUUUUAGAAAAAUUUCAUUAAUUUUUGGUGUUACAUAAUAAAAUAUGAAAAAAUAUUUUCAGAGAAGUGUCAGAGGACAAGUGGGAGCUUGAUACGGAACUGGCCGGUCACACUGAUUGGGUACGAGACGUGGCGUGGGCUCCAGUGGAAUCACAUAAUCAUUUUACUAUUGCAUCAUGUGGAUCUGUAAGCUAUUUAUUCUAGUUUUGUAUUGUCUUGUACUUCAUAAGAUUCGAUAUAUUUUAAGUACUGGUUUUUACAAAAAUUAACAAAAAAACUCUAAUUUUUCAUUUUCAGGACGGAAUGGUCAUUAUCUGGCGAACUGACAACAUAGGAGCCAAAACAUGGAAACGAACGGUCCUAUGCAACGUAGAAGCGCCAGUUUAUAAUGUCAGUUGGAAUUCGAACGGUACAGUAUUGGCUGUCGCCUUCUCCGACAAUCGUGUCGCAUUAUACCAAGAACGGACACAAAACAACUGGGUAGCCAUCACUGAAACCGGCAUGGAAAACUAA